UCGUUUGACUACAACUCACAUCAUCCCCAGCCACAAUGGGCAAAAGGAUGGUGGGAGUUGUAGUCCACAGUGGCCAAAAGGAUGGUGGGAGUUGUAGUAGUUCAGGCGUAUGUAGUCAUGCCUGAACUACUCCACAUUACACCUAGUGGCCCUCAAGUCUCCCUAUUUAUUAUUUAUUUAAAAUAUGUGUAUCCCGUGUGCAUGCUUGGGGCAGCUCAUAAAGAUAAUGAAACUAAUAGAAGCAUAUAAAAUGAAUAACCUUGAGCUCAGCUCACUGCCUGCUUUGUAUUGGCUUCUGUUCCAAGCUUCAAACCGCUGUGUCUUCACACCAUAGAGCAGCUCCUCUCCUUGAGUGGUGAAGGCGGGUGCUGAAGGGCAUUUCAUUCAAAUACAGAGAGAGAACUCUCUCCCAGACAUUAAGAAAGAAAAAUGGAGAAAGAAGAGGAGGAAAUGGAGUUGUUGCUGAAGAAACCUUUAGUUAAAUCUAUAUAAGAUGUCUUUGUUGAUAUGAGGGAAGCCGCUAUAAAACACAGUUCUUUUGAUAUGGUAAUGAUUAACUGAAGAUGACAGGCCCUUGGAGGACAUGUUGCAAUAAAAAGAACAUACCCAAGAAUGGAUUACAUGAACUGGACACGGUGGCAGAGAACAAGAAGGAAAAAAUGCAGAUGAAACAAGAGAUCACCUUGCUUAAUGGCAUCUCUUUAAUAGUAGGGAACAUGAUUGGCUCUGGGAUAUUUGUGUCCCCCAAGGGUGUUUUGAUGUACAGUGGCUCUUACGGACUCGCCCUCCUUCUCUGGGCCCUUGGUGGGAUUUUUUCAUUGUUUGGAGCAUUGUGUUAUGCGGAACUGGGAACAUCCAUUAUUAAAUCAGGAGCAAGCUAUGCCUAUAUCCUCGAAGCCUUUGGAGGCUUUAUAGCCUUUAUCAGACUAUGGUCUUCCUUGCUCAUUAUUGAGCCAACAACUCAGGCUGUCAUAGCCAUCACUUUUGCUAAUUAUAUUGUUCAACCAAUAUUUCCAUUCUGUGAACCACCCUACGGAGCAGUUAGGUUGAUUGCGGCUGCUUGCAUCUGCUCCCUGACAUUUAUUAACUGUGUCAAUGUGAAGUGGGGGACCAGAGUACAAGACCUUUUCACAUAUGCAAAAGUUAUGGCCCUUAUUAUGGUAAUAGCUGUGGGUCUUUAUAAAAUUAGCCAAGGAGAAACUGAAAACCUAAAGGAACCAUUUGAAGGUUCAACCACAGAUGCAGGAUUCAUUGCACUUGCUCUUUACUCCGCUCUCUUUUCCUACUCUGGAUGGGACACGCUGAAUUUUGUUACUGAAGAAAUGAAAAACCCAGAAAGGAACCUGCCACUUUCCAUUGCAGUUUCAAUGCCAAUUGUGACAAUCAUUUACCUGCUGACUAAUGUCGCCUACUAUGUUGUGUUGGACAUGCCGGCUCUCUUAGUGAGCGAUGCUGUGGCUGUGACGUUUGGUAAUGAAGCUCUUAGCCAUGCUAAAUGGAUCAUCCCUAUUGCGGUGGCGAUGUCUUGUUAUGGAGGAUUAAACUCAUCAAUUAUUGCAGCUUCCAGGCUUUUUUAUGUUGGAGCCAGAGAAGGUCACCUCCCUGAUAGCCUGAGUUUGAUUCAUAUAAAAUGUUUCACACCUGUUCCUGCUCUUCUUUUUAAUGGUUUAAUGACCUUGAUUUAUCUCCUUGUGGAAGAUGUCUUUCUCCUGAUUAAUUACUAUUGCUUCAGCUAUUGGUUGUUUGUUGGGUUAUCAAUUGCAGGAUUAAUAUACUUAAGAUACACCCAGCCAGACAGGCCACGGCCCAUUAAACUCAGCCUUUUCUUCCCCAUAGUGUACUGCUUAUGCACCCUUUUCCUAGUCAUGGUCCCUCUCUACAGUGAUACAAUCAAUUCCAUUAUUGGAAUUGGUAUAGCACUCUCUGGAAUUCCUGUUUAUUUUUUGGGAGUCUAUUUACCAGCUGAAAUGCGGCCUCGAUGUCUUCAGUGGCUUUCUGUUACAAUCACAAAGUUUAUUCAGAUGCUGUUCUAUUGCUGUCUGACAGACCUGGAUGCAACAGAGUCACAAGAAACCAAAGCCAAGUAGAGUCCUGCUGACAGAUUCUGCACUUGCUGUAUUCAUGUAGCUGGCAAUACUCCUUUGCGUUCUUGGGCCAUGCCAAAGCAUGUGCAACUGUACUGUGCAUCAUUUUGAUGUAUUUUAAUCCGUGCUACAUUAUUAGCCUUUUCUCUGUCAAAUUACCAGUUUAUGAAAAUUUACUUGGCCAAUUCAAUAGCUGGCAAUUGUACACUGUUUUGGUAAACAUAAAGUGUGUUCUAUAGAAGCAAGCACUUAACAAGUGCUAGGUUUUUAAGCUUAUUAUAAUAGUGUUUCAAUGUGUCCAAUGAAAAGCAGAAGUCUGGGAAGAAAAAUGUAAAGUGAUGUCAUGAAAAGAAACUGUAAACAUACACAUUUCCAGCCUCACUCAAAAGGGUGGAUGAAGGAAGCAAUUUUACCUCCAAGGAGUGUACAUGUUUUUGAAGCAGCAUGUAAAUCAUUUCAUUUUAUUCAGUGAGUCAUAUAAUAGCUAUAUACAGUUUGAAUCUAUAGUCUCUUGCAGAUAUGAAGUACAUUUGUUUGAGUGUCUGGAGAAAGCCUAUUCAUAUCCAGCUCUUUCCAGGAUUCCUAGGUUCUGUAUCUCUUCAAUGUGCAUAGGUCAGGGACAGAACAUGCCACGACGGUGCCACUCCUCCAUUCAUCUUUGUUGUGCCUGUUUUGAACAUCUGUAAGGGACUUAUGAGGAGCAACAUUGUGCCAAUGAAUCAUAGCUUUGGGUGAAGAGCUACUUUGGGUCCUUCCAGACAGUAAUAAACUGGGUAAUGUGGGAAGCUUGCGUGCAAGUUCUAAGCGAGCACUCACUCACCCUCCACAGGCUUCUGUCCUAUUUCCCAUCAGGAUCUUACAAUUUGUUCAUAUGCUAAGUAGGGACAUUGCCUGAUAUUUGCAGUGCCUCCUCCUAGCCAGCUCUUGCUUUCCAAGAAUAACACCCUUUCCCCCACUGGCCAAAAAAGUAGCAAUGAAAACAGUCUGGUUUCACUGGAGAGUGAACAAACGCUCACUUAGAGCAUGGGUGCAAGCAUCUCACAUUGUGCAGUUUAUUACUGUCUGGAAGGACUGCAAUAGUACCUUCCCUCUUGUAUCGGUGUUUAUAUCCAACUUUAGAUUUAGAACUGUUAUGACAGCUGCCACUGGCAUGAUAACCCCUGCACUUUUGUCCUAGCCCCUUACAGGGGAUAGGGACUGUUUACUUCAUUUAGUGGGGAGCUGCUGAUGCCUCUUGCAGCAGAAUACUAAAGGUUACUGAAGGGCUACAGGAUGCAGUUUGGAGGAGACAUUUUAAAUGGCAAGAGGAACAGAGCAGGAUGUCUUUGGUCAACAUACCAAGCUUAAGUUGCCCCUUUAACUGCAAUGAGACAUGCCUCUAUAGAGGUAAAGGAGCUCCUGUCCUAUCUAUGCCAAAUAAGUACCAGUUUCCCCUCUGAAUAAGCAAAUACUUGUAGUUAAGUGCAUGAAGCAUACGUGAAAUCUGCUGUAAAACAAUCAACAUUUUUAGUCCCAGUCAAAGCAUUUUAUGUUACAAAACAAGUGCACGCCGAGAAGGAAAAAGGUGAUCUGUAAAUACGUGUCAGUUUUUGAGUAAACUUGGAUUUAAAAUAAAUUGAAUUUUCUUUUGCCAA